AUGGCUUCUGCCUGUAUGUCGUCCGGUAGCAUGGCCAGUGCUUCGUCGCCCUGGCGCAACGUCCAACCCCCUCCCUACCCACACCCUCGCCCCUAUACAAGGUGCUACUGCGAGGAAAACGCCUACCUAGUCGUACAACACCUCGCCGAGUUUGCGCACGCACGGAAUCAGCCAAUAGAGAGGAUCGGGGCAAGGCAGACGACCACCAGCAGCAGCAGCAACCCGUCCAUCGCCAGGAUUAGUCUCACGCGUACCAGCAGCAUCAACGCUCCUUCCUCCCCCGAGCCUGCCACCGCUGCCACAAGCGCAGCCGGCGGUGGCGCAUUCCAACUUGUAUGGGAUGUCCGCACCAUCUUCAUCAGCAACCGACGUAAAUCGGUCGUCCUCUGGCAACAAUGCGCAAGCUCGGCUCCUCCCGAGGAGCACUCUCCCGUCAUCUGGGACUACCACGUCGUGGCCGCCCUGACCUGUACCCUCGUGCCAGUCGGCGUCCCAAUCCGCGACGUCAAAGCAGAUCGGCGCUCGCUCCUGUCACGCAAGGGCCACCAGAGGCAGCAAGAUGAGCCGAAACCAAACGCUCUGUUUCAGUCCAGGACGUGGGUCUACGACCCGGAUUCACGCCUCAGCUACACGCCUGCACAGCUCGAGGAUCUCAAGCAAGCUGGUCCGUCUCUGCCCGUGCCGCAGCCCGUUCCACUGCACGACUACCUCGAUGGCACCUUCAAACCGGCGCUGGUGGUUCAAGACCUCGUGCAACCCCACCUGCGGAGCUGCCUCCGCAUCGUCGACGCCAAGGACCUCCUCGCCCACUUUGCCAGCGAUCGCAGUCACAUGCUGCUUCCUCCCAUCGCCGCAACUGGGCAAGCCGAGACGUGGUCGUCGCCCCCGCCACCGUGGCCACCGCUCGUGGGUCAUUUGGCCAAGGCGGCCAAGGUGACCAACAACCUCAUGGAGCGAUACGUUGCCAUGUCACCGCCCGUAUCGUCCAACAAUGCUGCCAAUGACGGCGAUGCAGCAUACGGCCAGGUGCUGGACGACUUGAGCUUCUUCUCGGGUGGCUGGACAUCGACGGCGUCUCCUGGAGAGACCGUGAGGUGCGCGCGCAUCGGCAAGCCGGCAGACCCGACGCCGUCUACGCGUUCGUCCUGGUCCCGCUUGAGCCUUCGUCGAGGUCGGGAUCGAGCGCAGUCGCUGCCUUCUAGCCGCGGACGGCUAGGAGCCGUGCCGCCCCCCGCUCCCCCGCCGGACGCCCCUCUACCUCCGCUGCCGGCCUCGAUGGUCGCCUCUGCGUCAUCCUCAUCUUCAUUGUGUGCAGCGUCAUCUUCGAUAUCCUCAUCAUCUGGCGGCACGACAUCGCCGUCGCUCUCCGUGACCUCGCCAGACAUCUCGCACGAUUCCAGCGACGCCAAGGCAAGCACCGUCGUCGACGACGACGCGCGGCGCACCCGACCGAGAUGUCCACCGCCGCGGCCAUCUGGCUCCGCGCAGUCUUUCCCGGGCGCCCCCCAAUCGGCGACUCCGGAGAGGGAAAGGCGGGGCGGCCGUGUCUCAUCGCCCCUCUUUCCGGCCUACCUCGCCGCUUCGUCGCAGAAGCGCGCCGAGACCCCAGUUUCUCCCCUGACGCCACCGCCGGCGCCGUCUCGGUCCCAGUCGGACCGGGGCAUGCUUGCCGUACCCUUCUCGGCGAUGGUCAGGUCCGUCUCACUCGAUGGGACGACGAUGGCGGCGCAGAAUCGGCAGGUCGACUUCUGA